AUGUCUUGUAUGGAUUACAAACCUCUUAUAACAAACGCUGGAUUUUUGUCAGUGCUAUCAACCCAAGUAUGUGCUUCAGCAUUCUCUGCUGUGAUAUCUCUCGUAGCCGCUAAAAAAUGUAUCAAUUCAUAUUUUCAUGUGAAUUGCAAGACACUACAUCUUGUGCGCUACAUAAUUUAUGAAAAUCCUUGUGACACCAUUAUGUCUGCAGCUUUCUGUUUUGCAUGGCGCUUACCGCAAGUAAUGUGCCUGACAUCCUUCGCAAUGAUUCAGCUUGGCUUGGUAAUAGAACGUGCUAUAGCCCUAUGGAGAAGAGAGCAUUACGAAAACUCCGGAUCUGCACUAGGGAUCUUCAUAGCUGCAUGCUGUAUAGCUGCUGGAGCCGGCUUAGCUACCUGGUCAAUAAUACAAAUGAAUUUUCAAGCACAACUUGUGUACUGCGCGCCUACUUCCGAAACAUCAGAUAGAGCAAAAAUUCGAUCUUAUAUUCUGUGCGGAAUAAACCUCACUGCCUUGUUCUGCGCAGGAGUGUUGUAUUUCUUGAACGAAGCUGCUCUCAAAAGGUAA